AUGCGAUCGAUUUUUCUGCUGCAUUUUGACUAUAAAACGUGUGAAGAGGAAGAUUUCGAAGACUGGAAUUUGGCAGAUGGGAAAUGCCUUAAUGGCGCCAAAUACAUGUAUAAAAGGAGGAAACAGGACGCCCGUUGUUUGGUAAAAAGGACAUUCAAAGAUAUGAUUUUGCAUGAAAUACCUUGUGACAGUUGUACUGAAUCCGACUACGAAUGCUCUUCUGAAUUUGUUAGAGAUGCAAAGGGUGACUGUAUACCAGAUUAUGAUCAGAUUGCCCUUUCCGAUAUAUGUGACAAAGCUAAUGGCGAAACUGUAUCAUUAGAGCCAUUACAAUUAAUUAAAGGAGAUAAAUGCAAAAAGCCCAUGGAAAUUGAGGCCAUGAACAUUCCAUGUGAAAAAAUCCUGAGGGAGAGCUCGAAUGGUAAGAAAAUAGCAACCAUUGAAAACAAGUUUGACUUUGAAAUUUAA